UUGACUAUUUGUCGUUGUCCCCCCCUCUCUCUCUCUCUCUCUCUCUAAAAGUUGCCUAGUAUUUUUGUUCCCGGGUUUCUACUUCACUUCAAUCUUCGAAUUGGGGGCACUGGAAAUCUUUGACCGGAGAAAAAUCUUCGUAGCUCCCCGGCAUGGGUUGCGCCGGAUCGCGGGAUAAAGUCGAUGAAACUUCGAAGAAGAUACAGAAACCUAAGGCAUGGAAGCACUCUGAAGCAAUAACAAGGGCGCAACUAACACAGAUGCGUGAGGAGUUCUGGGACACUGCUCCCCACUAUGGUGGUCGGAAAGAGAUCUGGGAUGCUCUCCGAGCUGCAGCAGAGGCUGAUUUGACCCUUGCACAAGCAAUUGUGGAUGGUGCUGGAGUUAUCGUUCAAAAUCCCGACUUAACAAUCUGCUACGACGAGAGAGGUGCCAAGUACGAAUUACCCAAGUAUGUUUUGAGUGAGCCGAUAAAUUUGAUAUAGGCGUGACCGUUGAAACGGGCUGUUAUGUAUGUGUGUGUGGAGACUGUAUAUUGUGUAAAUUGGUCUCAUUGAUGUUUUGUUUCUGAAGCUUUUUCGCAUUCAAUACUUGAUGAUCAAACAAAAUGAAUAUGUAGUUCAAUAUUGCACUUUGGGGAUCUUAAACUUUGAUGUUGAAAACGACGUAGUUUCAUCUCUAUCUGGUAAUUCCAGAAACUAUAUAUUAUCAAC